AUGCGGCAGCCGGAAAUGUCCCAUUCCCCUGCUUAUUAUCAGCAAAGUGGUCAGCUCGUGACCGCAUAUCCCCGAGACCUAUCGACUUCCGCGGCACAUUUACCCCCGGACUCAUCGUUAAAUCGUCAUCAACACCAUCAUCACGACGACUCUUCCCACCGUCCUCUACCGGGCCUUUCCUCCGUUCGAGACAGCGAUACUCGCCCAAACUCGGGGGCGGUUCCAUCCCGUCAUUCCCGUCAUCCUCCCCAGACACCCGCCGAGUCUUAUCGUCCCGAGUCUGAGCAGUCAGUGGCGGUUCCGGUGACGUCCGUUAUUUCCUCGCCCCAUUUCGAGAACGGUUCGAUAUUGACCUGGGGUUCGAAUAGUAGCGGGGCCGCGCGCAAAGAAGAGCGCAUCCGUGGUAGUUUGACCGACCAUUCAUCAUACAUGUCUGGCGACAAUCAUCCCCACAGUGUCUCCCGCGUCCAGAAGCGAACCAUCCAAGAUGACGAUCUUCUUGAGGAUGACAAUCAGGAUGCUCUCUUGAUGCUGUUUCGACUUUCAAUCCCCGUCCCUCUCUUCUCCCUUUGCGCUUCCUUGUAUACCAUCUUCGGCCUCCUCUUCGUAAUCCUCGUCUCCCCCCUUCGUCUUUGCUCCUGCAUUCCAUACCUUCGCUCAAACUCCUUCCGAACACAACUCUGCGACCUAUUCGCGCCUCCGCUACAUGUGCACGAACGGUUAGUUUGUUUGCGACAGUCAAACUCUUUUCGUUCAUCCUCAUCACAAUGGAUCUACAACGACCCAGAUCGAUCGUCACCUUCAGACCCUAGCGACGACUACUCGAUCGGCGGUUUAAUCGCGGUCCUCCUUCUCUCAUCGCUUCUAUCCAUAGCGUUCGUCCUCCUCGUUUGGACUGCGGCAUCAUUCUGGGUUUUCGCCAUGAUUCUGGGAAAUCCCGAUGGCACAGAACGCAAAGAUGACGGUCGGGCCGCCGUACUGGGCGUGAGCAGAUGGUGGCAGCGAUGGUUAGGGAAGGCCAGGAAACUGUCUUCCUAA